AUGAUUUUCGAUCCAUCUCGCGGUAUGAUUCUGGAAUCACUUUGUGCUAAGAUCAAUCUAUGGAAUACACGUAAUCCCGACAAAAGAAUUCGUCUGAUAGGUAUGAGUGCAACACUGGAAAACUUGGUCGCUGUUGGCGAAUGGUUGAAUGCCAAGGUAUUCGAAACUCAUUUUCGUCCUGUUGAUUUGACUGAGCGAAUCUGUUGCGAUGGCCAUAUCAGCGAGCUCAGUACUGGCAAUGUUAUCCGAGAUGUUCCUAAGCGUUUUCGAGUGCCAGAAGAUCCGGAAUGCGUUCUUGGUCUAGCAGCUGAAGGAAUCUAUUUGAGGAAACUUGUACUCGUCUUCAGUUCAUCCAAAGCCGAUGUAGAAAAGGUUUAG